AUGUUUAUUUUUCCGUUAAUUAUAUCUUCUUUUUCUUCUUAUUGGUCUUUUUCAUCUUUUUUUUACUUCUUUUCUUGUUUUCUUUGUUCCUCCUUCUUCUUUACCUUUUUCUUUUUUCUUUGUUUUCUUCUAGCAUUUCUUUUUCUUUUUCUUUUCCUUUUUCUUCUUUUUCUUCCUAUUUUUCCUUUAUUUCUUCUUUUUCUCCUCUUUCUUUUACUUCUUCUUUCCUUCUUUUUUCUUCUUCUUUUCUUCUCUUUUUUCUUCUUCUUUUCUUCUCUUUUUUUUUCUUCUUUUUUCUUUUUCUUCUCUUCGCUUUUUUUUUCUUUUCUUCUCUUUCUUUCUUCUUCUCUUCUCUUUUUUUUCUUUUCUUCUCUUUCUUUCUUCUUCUCUUCGCUUUUUCUUUUUCUUUCCUUCUCUUUUUUCCUCUUUUUCUUCUUUUCUUCUCUUUUUUCUUCUCCUUUUUCUUCUCUUUUUUCUUCUCCUUUUCUUCUCUUUUUUCUUCUUCUUUUCUUCUCUUUUUUCUUCUUCUUUUCUUCUUUUUUCUUCUCUUUUUUCUUCUCUUUUUUCUUCUUCUUUUCUUUUCCUUUUUUUCUCUUUUUUCUUCUUCUUUUCUUCUCUUUUUUCUUCUCUUUUUUCUUCUCUUUUUUCUUCUCUAUUUUCUUUUCCUUUUCUUCUCUUUUUUCUUCUUCUUUUCUUCUCUUUUUUCUUCUCCUUUUCUUCUCUUUUUUCUUCUUCUUUUCUUCUCUUUUUUCUUCUCCUUUUUCUUCUUCUUUUCUUCUCUUUUUUCUUCAUCUUUUCUUCUCUUUUUUCUUCUCUUUUUUCUUCUUCUUUUCUUCUCUUUUUUCUUCUCUUUUUUCUUCUUCUUUUCUUUUCCUUUUCUUCUCUUUUUCCUUCUUCUUUUCUUCUUUUUUCUUCUCUUUUUUCUUCUCUUUUUUCUUCUUUUCUUUUCCUUUUCUUCUCUUUUUUCUUCUUUUCUUCUCUUUUUUCUUCUCUUUUUUCUUCUCCUUUUCUUCUCUUUUUUCUUCUUCUCUUCUCUUUCUUUUUCUUCUUUUCUUUUCCUUUUCUUCUCUUUUUUCUUCUCCUUUUCUUCUCUUUUUUCUUCUUCUUUUCUUCUCUUUUUUCUUCUCUUUUUUCUUCUCCUUUUCUUCUCUUUUUCUUCUUCUUUUCUUCUCUUUUUUCUUCUUCUUUUCUUCUCUUUUUUCUUCUCUUUUUUCUUCUUCUUUUCUUCUCUAUUUUCUUUUCCUUUUCUUCUCUUUUUUCUUCUUCUUUUCUUCUCUUUUUUCUUCUCUUUUUUCUUCUUCUUUUCUUCUCUUUUUUCUUCUCUUUUUUUUCUUCUUUUCUUCUCUAUUUUCUUUUUCUUUUCUUCUCUUUUUUCUUCUUUUCUUCUCUUUUUACUUCUUCUUUUCUUCUCUUUUUUCUUCUUCUUUUCUUUUCCUUUUCUUCUCUUUUUUCUUCUUCUUUUCUUUUCCUUUUCUUAUCUUUUUUCUUCUUCUUUUCUUCUCUUUUUUCUUCUUCUUUUCUUCUUUUUUCUUCUCUUUUUUCUUCUCUUUUUUCUUCUUCUUUUCUUUUCCUUUUCUUCUCUUUUUUCCUUCUUUUUUUCUUCUCUUUUUUCUUCUUCUUUUCUUCUCUUUUUUCUUCUCUUUUUUCUUCUCCUUUUCUUCUCUUUUUUCUUCUUCUUUUCUUCUCUUUUUUCUUCUUCUUUUCUUCUCUUUUUUCUUCUCUUUUUUCUUCUUCUUUUCUUCUCUAUUUUCUUUUCCUUUUCUUCUCUUUUUUCUUCUUCUUUUCUUCUCUUUUUUCUUCUUUUCUUCUCUUUUUUCUUCUUCUUUUCUUCUCUUUUUCCUUCUCUUUUUUUCUUCUUCUUCUAUUUACCGUGCUCCUUCAGGAAGUGGGUGA